CGUCCGUCCUUACGUCCGUCCGUCCACCGUUUGGGAUCUAUGGUUGUGUCGGUGGAUUUCGUGACGUUAACCUGGCGGCCCUGAAAACGUUGGACUGACCGUACGAUUUUCGACUUACCCUUAUCGUUGGGGUCGCGAAUGUGAGACGCGAGUGCUUUUUUUAAUCACCAUAGGUUGCCGCAACUGGAAUAUACGCACGGACUAGUUUCGGGUAAGAGAAGAGAAAUGUGUGUGGUGAAACUAACCGAUACAUUCCCCGGUCGUGUUGAACGCUCCUCGACGGAGUGUAAGAAACUCUUAAAUAACUAGUGAUCGACGAAAAGAAAUGUUGGUGUAGAAGAAAAUAUUGCCUAAACGUAGUCUCUCAGAUAAACAGGGAGAUAAUAGAAAAAGAGAGAGAACGAAUACAUCUGCACCUGUAUCUAAGCCUAAACAGUUAUAUAGUGGUAUUACGAAGUGUACAAUAGUGAAAUCCAUGCAUUCUGAUAGCAUCGUAGCUGGAAACGAUUCCGUAAUAUGUGCUGUCCGUUUCCCAAACAAGUCUUGUCGCCGUUCACGCAUAUUUUAACCUGUGUUCUAAGAUUUUCAAGAAUAACGUGUUUAAGUGGUGCUCCAUGGUGUUUAGAAGUUACCGACCGAGUGUAUUACUUCUAUUUUCUGGCUACCUGCGUAUUUAGAUUCGUGUACUCGUGUUUCUUUUUGCCUGCAACGAUUUUUAAAAAAGUGUCGUCUCAACGAACUUCUGUGUGUUUUCGUGAUAUAUCGCAACACAAGUGUUCCUCGCAAAGUUCUUUCCUUUGAUACACGAGAUUCACAUUUUAUAAUGAUGUCCCGGAGCAGUGGUGAGAGUGCUGAAGAGUAUUCAAGAUCCUGAAAUAGCGAAUCUAAUAAUAGGCGAUAUCUUAUUCCGACCACUUUUCGUGUGAACUUGAAGAGAUAACAACGUGCAGCGUGUGAUUAAUUAACGAACAAAAUCAAAUACUGCCGGGGAUAUUGCCGUUGCUGCCAUUAUCACCGCUACAGAGAUUCAAGAACGAGUGGAUGUCUAAAGAUGAAAUGUCCCUAUAUGCCAAGUAAUUCAUCCACCAAAUUAAAAGCUAUGGUCAAACAUUAAGAAGAGGAAGAGAACAAAAUUAUUAACUCCAAGAGUACAAAAAAACUAAGAAACGAAUGGAAACGAAACGAAGGAAGUACACAGAAGAAACAAAAGAAGAAUAGCAUUAGUGGUGGAAAGAAAGGAUCGAAUGGCAUAAACUUUAAGAAGAAAACGACAUCGAUUCGGAUAUCUUUGAUGCAACCAGUUGUCGUCAGUUGCUGUAUGCGCUGAAACUGUGCGCGUAUGUGUUUCUCGUUCUGCCAUCUUGAAAGUCAUCCAAUUUCUUUCUCUUGGUAGCGCGCUGGGUCACGUGUACCGGAAGCGUGCACGGUGCGUGCAUCGUACACGCACUGUGCUAGGCUAGUAUGAAACGAAGGAACAUCGGGUCGAAAGGAAAACCAACAAAACAACACGAUAAUAGCAGACGAUAGAAGAACUGCAUAAUGAAAGCGAGUUUGACGAUAAAUUUGUUUUAUUGCGGGAGUGAUAACGGAUGGUGUAGCAGCAGUAGUAGCGGUAGCAGCAGUAGGAACGACAACCCCGAAAUAAAUACAGAUGACACUACUGGCAGUAAGCAAAAAGGAAAUGACAAUGGUUUUAACAGCAACGAUGAACCGCGAGUGGAAUAUAGUGUGGAAGUUGUUAAGUGUGAGCCACGUGGCAACAGUGAUGAUGAGAUUGUCGAGCAGUUGUAUUUCAGCGAGGUGUACUCACACUGAUUUGUGAGUACUAGUAGAGAAAGAGAAAGCGGGAGACAGAGAGAUAGAAGCCACCAAGACUCUCGUGGAGAGCGGGGCACUGAAAGAUAUGCGGACCUUUGUGCGAACAGCUGAACCGGAAGUUGUGAGAACAAGUGGAGUGCAACGCGCUCCGCCUAAUCGGUGAUAGGGUCAGUCGGUUAAAAGAAGACAAAAUUGGCAUUCGCAGCGACGGCAACGCGGCAUCUUUCACAAUUACCUUUUUCUCUCAUCCCUUCCCUCUUUUUCUUGUUUCGUUUCGUUUCACCUCGUUUCCUUUCUCUCUCUCUUUUUCUCGAAACUCUUUGACUCGACUCUCACUCAUUUAUUUUAUAUAUGUAUAUACUGUUCUACUCUCUGUUGAUUACCGAAAAGUCUCACCUUUUUAUUUCUCGAUCGAGUAACAUUCGUUAAGUAUAUAUCGUAUAAUGGUGACACACGCAAUUAAAACGUUGGAAGGAUAAUGCAAAUGAAAAUUCGUCGUAUAGAAGCCGCGUCGCGUUCCCCCACAAUAAUGAAGAAAUCGUCGCUGGAGCAACAGCGCAAGAAAGAAAUUUGAAAAGUCAGUUAAGUUGUGUUACGAGUGUACGAAACCGAGUGGCGUGGAACGCAUGAAAGUGUAUGUAAGCUAACACAGGAAGAGAAAGAGAGAGAAACAACGAGCGAGCAACAGAGAAGAAGGAAGAGGUGGCGAGAAAGAAAAAGAAACAAAACGUCACAACGAAGAAAUGAAGACAGUGUGAGUACCAGUGGAAGAAAGGGGAAAUGAUAAAGAAAAAGAAAGAGUUUACGAAGGGAAUAGCUUAGUGAGAAUAGAAGCAAAAAGUUCGCGCGACGUACAGUAUAAUGUGGAGUAGCGUGUUUCGCAAAAGUUUUUAAAAAGUCGAUAUAGAAUUUAUAAAUAGAUCGGUUGGUAUACUCACAUAUGUGCACGCGUACGCAUGUGUGCGUGAUUACGCGCGCACAUGUACGUGAUUUGCACUCGAGACUGAAGCGGUGAAUUAUUCUCGCACGGAUUGACUACUCGUGGGGGAAAUUUGAGAUCCGGCUUACCUUCCACAGCUGACGUCAUUACCGUACACAAUGCGCUAGGGGUGAUGGAGACAGUGAGCAAGCAAGUCCAAGUAGUGAGCGGACUGGGGGUGGGGGGUCCGGUGGGCCCGGUGGGUCCAGUGGGGGCCGAUUUGCAUCACCAUCAUCAUCCUCACCCCCACUCUCAUCCUCCACACCCACAUGCCCACCCCCACGGUCAUCCUCACGGACCCCAUGGCCACUCACUGGUCGGCGUAACGUCGACCCCUGGCAGAGGUCAGACACAACCACCGGUCUCGCAUAACCAGCAUUUACCCGCGAGAUCUACUCCGGUACAGCUACAUAGGCCGACGCAGAGUUAUGUCAACAUCAAGAGCAGCAGCCCUGUAUCUCCAAGAACGAUAGGAACAGGAGUGACGUAUGUGCAGGGCGGUGCGGCUUCAUCUUCAGCAGCAGCAGCGGGGACAGUCGGAAGUGGAAGUGGCGGAGGUCCUUCAAUCGGUGGCAGCGGUAGCGGUGGAGGAGGCGGUGGUGUUAACAACGCCGGUGGCGCGAACAGCGGUACAGGAGUCGUCGGGGCUGGAGCUGGUGCUGGUUCCGUUGGAAACGUAGCACCAGCCGGAAAUGGUAACAACAACGGUACCAAUAACAGCGCCGGUGCGGGGAGCAAUAGUGGCGGAAACAGCGGUACAGUGGGUGGUGCACCAGGAGGUUACGUUGCUGUGCCCAUGGCUGGUAGCCUGCGGUAUAUCCAUCCGUACCCGUCGACGCCUACGUCGGCNNNGGUGCCGGCUGUAGCGACGAUGGUCACAUCGGCCUCGUCGGCACCGACUCCAAUACCCGUUCCAGCACCCGCAGCUGCACCUGUCAAUCCACCUACAGUUAGUCAAACACCACCACCAUCGCUUUCGGGAACGUAUGCCACAAGAGAUGGUGGAUAUCGCGGCGCCACCACGAAUGUGAACGAGAGGAUUGCCAUUAGCGUGAGCAGUAGUCCCCUGUCGCAAAUAGGAGUCGGUGUUGGAGUAGUUGCAGCCGAAUAUGCGGCGAAUAGCGGUAUAGGUAGUGGUAUGGCUGGUGGAAGAGGGGACAGACCGAGGAUAUCUCUUUUACCACCUGCUUCGGUGACACCAACACCUUCACCAACAGCACCAGAUUAUCAGCACGUGUCCAGUGCAAGAAAUUCACGAAUAGCCCUGAUGCCCGUCCAGCCGGAUCAGUAUUGCAAUCGUACGGCCGUUGAAAUGGCCAAUCUGCAGGAGGCGCCGCCCUUCAAGAAGAUACGCCUCAGCCAACCGACUCAGAUUCAAUUGCAGUCCCAAUCGCAAUCUCGCUGUCAUAGUUUGUCACCCGCUGACCCGUGCGUUAAGCAGGAGCACGUGGUGCAGUUGCAGCAACCACUUAGGAUAGACACUAGGCAGCCGGCAACAGAAGCGUAUACACCCCAAACUGAAGCGAUUUCACCUACGCUUCCGGAACCGAAUACGCAAGAAGAUGCGCAGUUCAGAAGCACCAAGGAUGAUCUUCUACAGCAAAUCUCCAAGGUUGAUAGAGAAAUUGCAAAAAGGGAGUCUCAGAUAAAUAAGCUUCGGAAAAAGUUAAAGGAAUUGGAAGAGACAGCUAAUAAACCUCUAGAAGCUAGUGGACUUAAACGACAGGUUGAGGAGCAGUCUCAGCAACCAAAGCAUCAGUCUUUGGCACAAAAAAUUUAUGCUGAGAAUAGGAGGAAGGCAGAAGAAGCUCACAGACUUUUAGAGAGGCUAGGUCCAAAAGUGGAACUACCUUUAUACAAUCAGCCAUCAGAUACAAGCGUGUAUCAAGAAAAUCGAACAAAACAUCAAACGUGUAUGAGAGCAAGGCUUAUAGCGAGGCUUCGACGAGAACACGCUGAACGCGCAUCUCUCCAUCGACAACAGUCACAAACGUAUGCUAUUUUGGUACAGGAGUGGCAUCGUAAAGUAGAGCGAUUGGAAGCAACGCAGAAAAGGAAGUCAAAAGAAGCGAAGAAUCGCGAAUUCUUCGAGAAAGUGUUUCCAGAAUUGCGGAAACAAAGGGAAGACAAAGAGCGUUUUAAUAGAGUCGGUGCACGUAUCAAGAGUGAAGCUGAUUUGGAGGAAAUUAUGGACGGCCUUCAAGAACAAGAGAUGGAAGAUAAAAAGAUGCGCUCGUACGCAGUAAUACCUCCAUUAUUGUUGGAUACAAAGCAGAGACGAAUCGCAUUUCAAAAUCGAAAUGGUCUUCUUCAGCCGGAAGAAUUAGAGGCUCUUCACAGUGAACGAAAGUUAAUCAACGUAUGGAGUUCUGUGGAGCACGAAUUGUUUAAAGAAAAAUAUCUACAACAUCCUAAGAACUUUGGAACGAUAGCUCAAUCUUUAGAACAUAAGUCCGUUCCAGAUUGCGUGCAUCAUUACUACCUCACUAAAAAAGCAGAAAAUUAUAAGCAGCUCUUGCGAAAAUCGCGGCAACGAACACGUAGCUCUCGAAAUAAUCCUAAUAAUAAAGUAAAUAAUAGCAGUUCAAGUAUUGGAAAUCUAGACAUUUUAACUACAGGUGUGACAACAAGGUUGCAACGUGAGCAACAGCAAAAAACACAAGAGAAUCCUCAAAAUAGUUCAACAGGGACAUCAAGUACAACGACGACGACGACUACGGCUACGUCAAGUGUAUCAACUGCUGUUGCAACAACGAUAGCGACCACUUCGACGACUCCUUUAAAUUCAUCAACGUCGAGUAUAUGUUUAACGACGGACUCUGUAAUAGCAUCAACGACAGCUACAACGACAUCCGUGUUGAGCACCACGACAUCGUCUGUCGCGACGUUGUCGACGACAACAAGCGCGAAGGACAAUAGGGAAAUCAAUAAAGAAAAUAAAGAAAGUAAAAUGGAAGCGAAGGAGCCGCACCUUAUUAAAGUCGAAGUGAAAGAGGAGCCUCAAUUAAGUUCUGAAACGGUGUCCGGAAAGGACGUCAAAGUAAUGGAAGCAAACAACAGCGAUGGUGGAAGCGUGGUAACCGCGAGCAGGAUAAAAGAAAAGAAGAAAGAUAGUCAUGCCAACCCUAUGGAAACCAGCGACGAGGAAGCCCAACCGAUGGACACCAUUGAAGGUGGCAGACAGAUCGGUCCGCACGCCUGCACAGUUUGUCAAAACAUCGUGGAAGGAAAUACGCAGAGCAGAGCAUUGCCACGAAGUCAAGCGUCACAGUAUGGACUACGAGAGGAUCAAGUAGCACCUGGUGCACGCGUGUGCAAUACCUGUAGAUGCAAGGCCGUCAGAGGACGGUACACUGCGUGCCCAUUGCCCGGUUGCCCAAAUCUGAACAACGCUAGCUCGAAAACGAGGGUGAAGAGGUUGCGAGCUUUACCUGCCAAAUGGCUCGAUUUACCUGCUGAAAUUCGCGAUCCAAUUAUUCAAGAGUUUCAAAUACCAAGUAGCGCGACGAAAUGUUGCUCGGCCUGUUUCAAUCGUAUAUCUCGUCGAUUGGCACCGCAUCUAACCGGUGGUACUGAAGUGCCCGAGGGCUCAGCCGAUUCCCUUGCUCGACAAUGGACGGAUGAGGAACUGGAACAACUAAGGAGAGCCCUUCGAGAGCACGGUACCAACUGGGUGAAGGUUGCCGAGCAAAUAUCUGGAAAGACGAACCAUCAAUGCAAAAAUUAUUAUUUUGCCUAUCGAAAGAAGCUAAGUUUAGACCAGGUUGUAGCAGAAUAUUAUCAGUCAUUGGGCGAAGAGAGAAGACCUUGUUUAACGGACGAAGAAGAAAGUGGUAGCAGUACGAGUAGCUGUGACGAGUUGGCGGUCCAUGAUUCGAGCGAUACAGCCAGUGCAGGUAGUCCAGCGAACAAUUUAUCCAGUGGAACACCAGGUACACCGGGUGCCACAGCAUCCUCGAAUCUGCCAAUAUCCUAUUCGCGAUCGACAGACCAGAAGCUUGGUGACAAGUUAGUAGCGGAUAUCGCUGUGGUAUCAUUGGUACCUCCGGUGAGCAUAGGCCCAUCGCAACAGUCUUCCACCAGUGGAAGUAGCAACGCUGCUUCGGCUGGCACUAGAGAAGAUUAUGAUAGUUCUGCCACGGAGACAGCGGACGAAGGUCAGGGAGGUACCGAUCUAGAAAAUAACAGCGUAGUCGUUACGUUAACAACUGCCAAUAAUUCCACGACGCUGCAACAACAGCACCAGCAGUCGCAUCAACAGGUGCCACCACCUUCACACUCACCACCAUCCACCACCAGCAACUCCAAUCCUCUCACCGUAAAGGAUCUUAUGCUUGGCGUUAUUGAGAUGCAACUGAAACGUAAUCCUAACAGUCCAGCUGGUACCGGUGGUUCGUCGAUACCAGUCAACUCUGGAACACCAACGAUAUCGAGUAUAUUAAAAACGGAUCAUAGGAACGAUAUCACCUUUGUAAGAGAAUAUAAACCGUCAGUCACUAUGACAAAUGCUAGUAUGCCAAGGGACUCGAAUUUGGCUACUUUGUCGGUGGUAUCUGGUCCUCACCAUGGACACCGAUCUGCUCCUAGUCCUCAGCAAAUUGGUCAAAUGCAAGCAACUAUUACUCCCUGUCCACCGGCGCCAUCGAGCAGUCAGUCAUCAACAUCGGAUAUACUUCCAAAGGAAGGAUUAGUCGUGAUGCAAGUACAACAGGCACUACGGGAAAGCACCGAGGGCACCCUAGAUCUGAGUAUCAAGAAACCAAGGCAGCAACAAGAAUACAAUCAUUCCCUACAAACGCUUCACAAACCACCAACCGUUACACUCUACCGGCCAGAACCUCCACCAGGAGCUUACUAUCAUCCUCACGCUCACCCAGAACAAGGACGCGGCGCGAAAAGUCCUCUGGUGUAUGCGUCGUCACCACGACCUCAAGCACCUCUUACACCUAAGAUGAAUAAAGUCUCGGUCCCACCGCCGCAUCCUAAAUUAUCACCCAAGUUGGGCGCGAUAGGGACAACGAGCCACAAAAGUGGUUCCAUUACACAUGGUACUCCAGUGUCCACUGCACGUUACGAGGGUCUUCUUAGACAAAUGACUCCUCCAGGAAACCCUGGUAACGCCUCUGGAACGCCCAGCGUGCCCAGUGGCGCCAAUGCAGUGAACGCUCCCAGCAAUCAAGGACCUAAAGAAACGGGAUCCAUAACUCAAGGAACACCUGUUCAUCCUUUCGCGGUGGAUAAGCGCGCGCCAAUGUACGAUUAUCACCGCACCAUUAGACACUCACCUGUAACGACCGGCAAUAUUCCUGGCCAAGGUCAGGCCCAACCCGGAACGGCAGCAGUGGUAGUGACUCAUAGCAAUCAGUAUAAUUCUUAUUCGGGACGACCACCUCCUAGUUACAGCAUGGAACAACAGCUAUCUUCGAGACAGAUAAUCAUGAACGAUUACAUAACCAGUCAACAGAUGCAUGCGCGUAGUCGAAGCGUUGGUACGUCUGAAGGUAGUAGUAAAAACGAAGCACCAUCUACGUUGUACUAUACCAGCACACCUCCGCCACAGACCCACACGCAGCCUCGACAGGGUGUGAUACAGAGGCAUAACCCACAAAAACAGAUCCAUUUUCCGCCGCCACCGGGACUGGAGGCGUUCUCCAGUUUGGUGGAUGUUGCUGUACAACAACCAAGUCUUCCGGUUCCCCAUCCUCAUGGACAUCCUGCAUCUGGUACCAGCAGUCACGAAGGUCUUGGUAAGACCAUGGCAGAUAGAUUGUUGGCUGAUCGUUAUGGGGAUAAGCAUCGUCUAGCCAUGCAUCAAGAUCAUAGAAUGACUGUAGCUCAUCAUCAUCAGCGUGACAGAGAAAGAGAACGAGAUCUGGUUCACCUGCGCGAGAAGGAAGAAUAUAGACUACAAAGAGAGAAAGAAAUUCAACAGGAGCACAGAUUGGCUCAGCAGAGGGAGAAAGAUGUGCAACAUGCUGAACAUAGGCUAUCGAUACAGCAACGAGAGAAAGAUAUGCAGCAUACUGAACAUCGUCUUGCCGUCCAUCAACAAAGAGAGAAAGAGAUUCAUCAGCAAAUGGCAGCAGCUGCUGCUCAACGUGAGAAAGAACAUCAAGAGCAUCGUUUGGCUGUGCAACAGCAAAGGGAGAGAGAUUUGGUACAUUUACAGCAGCAACAGCAACAGCAACAGCAGCAGCUACAACAGCAUAUUCAACAACAACAGAGGAUGGAAGCUGAAAGACGACACAUGGCUCAGCUGUACAGAGAUCAACAGCAGCAACAGCUUGAUAGGGACAGCAGAUUAAUAAGUACUGGGUUUACUCAAUCCUCGAGACUUCAGCAACCACAACAAUCCCAACAACAACAACAACAACAACAACAACAAUCAUCCUCUAGACAAAACCAGUCCUCCAAUCAGCAGCAAAACGAGUCAGCAUCUACGUUAACUGCUGCCAGUUUGAUAGAUGCUAUUAUAACACACCAAAUUAAUCAGAGUGUCGAGAACACUGGUGGAAAUUCUCAACCGCAGCGACCUGGUGAUCGUCUUUUCCAGAAAACUUUUCAGGGAUUUCACCGGGAAGCCCCAGUAGAACCAAAUGGGAUGGCUCAUAGUCCUGCCGGCGAGGGGAAUGGUGGCAACAACGGAGCUGGGAGCGCAGGUGGCAAUGGAAGUGGAAAUAAACCGAUCACUCUUGGAGAACACGUUGACCAUAUUGUUUCUAAAGAUUAUGGUCCACCACAUUCCUCAUAUCGAUCGUACAGCGGGUAUCAAAUCUCGGAAGAUCAGUGGAAGAGGCGAAAAACUAGCGAACCCGAUUCCGUUAAAGCCGGAGACGAGCGUCAGAUAAUUCGAGUCACGCAGCAACAAUCACAACAGCAGCAGCAACAGCAACAGCAGCAGCAGCAGCAUCAACAUCAACACCAGCACCAACACCAGCAUCAGCAACCAGCAUCAUCAGUAGGAAAACAAUUCCACUCGGUCGAACCUGUUUCGCCACCAGAACCAGGUACCAAUCAUUACGGUCGUCGCCUGUAUGAAACAACCACUGCCACAUCAACUUCCGGAACUCCUUCCAAUAAGCCGCACCUUUCACCUUUGGAUUACGUUAAGAACAAGAUCGUUGAAGUGAUGCGUACAUCGGAGGACGACAAAGGAGGUAGCGUAGCUGACAGAAACGGAGGAAACGUAACGAGCGGAGAAAAGGACGACAAAAUCGGAGGGAACGUGGAAAGCCCCUCGAGUGGAGAAAUGAUGGUCGACGAGACUCCGAAUCAAACUCCUCAACCACCAGCACCGGCACCUACUACCACCUUUUAUCCAUUCAGCGCUUUAGGCGUUCACACUGGCCCGCCGCCAGCGCCACCACCCCCGACUUCCGGAUCAGCCUCUGUGACAAAAUCUGAGCAAAUGCAAGCCGAGCCGGCACCAUUGCUUUCUGCGCAGUACGAACCACUUUCUGACGAGGAUUGAUAGUCUAAUAAUUUAGGAACGUGUACAGCAAUCUGUACUGAUCGACGCUCUGAGAAUAUUCUUAGGGUAUUUAUGUGGUUUGUUUAUCCUGGAUGAAAAUCAUAUCCAGAGUUUGAUGAUGAAUGUUGAAUAUCUGACAAUUACCAAUAUCUUUUCUCGGGCGUUAGCCACUGCGUUCUAACUGGUCGUGUCCAAUAGUUCUUCUCAAAUGAUAAACAAGUCAAAGGACCUUUUCUCUUAUUUCGUUCCGUUUCGUUCCGUUUUUUCAUUUCCAUUCUCUUUUUUUCUUUUCCUUUUUUUAACAUGAACUCUAUCAUAUUCCGCAAAUAGAGAUUAUAGUACGAUGUUUUUAUAUAUAUGAAUAGAGUUUAUUUUAUAAAUUUCAUAUUCCGUCAGUGUAUUCUUUUAGUCGAGGAUCGUUUCCGUACUCUCUGUGUACAUGUAAAUGCGGUUGUUUUACGGAAACGUUAUUAUUUUUUUAAUACUCGUCCCAACGCACGAGAAACGAUAACAGCGUAAUUUUAAUUAAUAAUUGAUAUUUUUUUACGCAUUACUUAUUCUCCGCGCUAAUCUGUACGUAAACGUUGUGUAUAAUUAUCAGCUAGAUUAAAUAUAAUUAUUUCUGUUUUCACCGCCACUUCUUUUUGUUUUUUAUAAAAACGCUAUGAUUUUUUUAUGAUAUCAUUCGCUUCUAACUUAUACUAGUUAGUUAUACAAAACGAGGAUUUUUUAAUUUCAAAACGGCACAGAGGAAUCUAUAGAGAUGUAAAAUUAUUAAAUCUUCUGUAAUACACAUAUCGUCGUGAUAUUUAAUUUUUUUAUUGAAUUUGAAAAAAAAUAUAAGAAUAGCGUGUAGUGAAAUUUUGGCCAAAAGCGAAAAUUGUUUUUAAUGCUCAUAAAAGCUUUUGAGUAGUGUUCAGUCGUCUUUCUACACGUAAUUUUGCGUCUAAUUAUAGAAAGAAAGUGUGCAUCGUACGCAAGUAUUCGAUCCUUUCCAGAACAAGACUAUCAACAAAGAUUAAGCGAAUAGAAUCGACCUGUAGAACGUCCAGGCUAGCCCAAGUUCACAAUGGAGACGCUUUUUUGUACAUAAUGAAUGAUAUAUAAUCGUUAAACGACGAUACAACGUUAGAAAGGCAUACGUGUUUUUAUUUGGAAUGAAUCUGUGAUGUGUUUGGGAGUAUAAAAAAAUAGCUUCAUCUGUUAAUACCAGUGCGAAGAGAUCGUAGCCUCAAAUUUUGACGAAAAGUCAAUAUGGCGGACGUGUAAGGACAUAUAAAAUGCAUCCUCGCACAGGUUGACGGUGUACUGUCUUAUCGAGAUCAUAUUUAAAUGUUCUCUUCUUGGUGAAGUGGGUUUUAAACAAAACAACAAAAAAAGUGUAAUUCUAAGUGUUGUACAUAGUACACAAUAUUAAUUUCUAAGUUGAACAAGUAGGUAUAUGAUGGCUAGUUUAAUCGUAUGCUAUAUUGUAAGAAUCUAGAUUUAGCGUAAGUGAUGUAGCUAGCAUUUAGGGAUUAGACGCCAUGAACUGACUAGGGAAAGAACUUCCCGAACUACUUCUCUUAUUAAUAAUAAAAAGAAGAAGAAGAAGAAAGAAAGAAAGAAAACGUAUACAGGCGAUUAUAAAUGAUCAAUGGGAAGAAUGAUCAUCCGUCACAUGCAAGCGAAUGGAUGUGAAUUUUAUUUUAUUUGAUUGAAAUUAUAGAACCUGUACGCUCUGACUAUCAAACAAACAAGAAAAAUACAUUACGCAGUUAUACACGUUGCAAAACACAAGUUACAUUUUCACUUACUCAAAUAAAUACAUAUACAUGCAUACAUACAUCGGUGAAGACACGUGUAACACAUAAAGAAUUUUUAUAUAGCCUAAUUUUAUAUUUGUAUGCAAACGUAAGUUGAACCGUGCGGUCUGCUCCUUCAUUUAGUCACGCGACACUCGAAACGAGAACCUUAGUCCCCUUGUCAUAAGAAAAAUAUUGCUUUUUAUUGCAAAUAUCUCCUGCACGGGAAAUCACUUCUACCAAACGAGUAUAUAUACAUAUAUGUAUACAUACAUACAUAACACACAUACGUAUGUAUGUAUGUAUAUGCUUAUUAUAUACAUACAUUUAAUAUAUAUGUAUAUUCCUUCGUACUUUAUUUCUUUACACACUUUUUUAUAAUCAAGCUCAUGAAAGCUCUCGAGAAAAAAAAGCAUUCAGUCGGAUAAUGCGAGUGCCUCUAUACAUUUGUGCGAACUAUUUUUACCAAAAUGUAAACAUAGAUUUCGUUGUCUCUACAUUGUGGGUCGCGGUAACAUCAUCUUCGUUUCGCUUUAUAUGUUUACAUCGUUUUGUUUCCGCGAGGAUCAUAUCGGAGGAGUAUCCAAUAUUAUAUGUACAUACUGCACACGCGUGAAAUAUUUGUUCGAUAAAGAAUGUUCGAACUAUAACGUCGGUGAAAUAGAGUUCGUUUGCAUCUAUAUAUAUAUAUAUAUAUAUAGAUGAUAUAUAUAUAUAUAUAUGUAUGUGUGUAUGUAUGUAUGUAUGUAUGUAUGUUGCGACACAUGAUCGUUUCAGUGAAGCAGACAAUGUCCAAAAAGGGAAAAAAUGGAACAGAUGUCUCGAGACCAAUGUUAUGAACGAAAAACAAAGAUCUUACAAAGCCUCCUUGACACGAUCACGAGUUGAUAAAAUAAUGAUUUUAAAAUUCAAAGACUUCUAUGUGUUGACUUUUCUUCGACGUUUUUUUUCUAGCGAUUUUACUUUUCUUGAAAAUGAAAAAAGGAACGAAAGGAAAAGUUUAGCUUUUCCUAUAGGCGUUCGUAUUAAACUUUAACACAGGAAAUACUCCUUACAAACGAAUAGCAACGGUGGUAUCGGGACACUUCAGGAUUGCGAAUUCGUCGUUUACCUCUCGCGAGUUACAUGUUACCGUCUAUAGAAAAAAAAGAGGAAGAGUGAAAGAACGAGAGAGAGAGAGUGAAAGAACGAAAGAGAGAGAGAGAGAGUGUGUGUGUGUGCGUGUGUGUAUGCAACACAAGAUCGUUUGAUAAAACCGUGUCUGUAAAUAAACGAACUUAUUAACCUUCGCUUCGCCAGUGGUCUCAUGUUAAGGAUUCUUAGUAUCUUUUCAACUUGCGACUUCGAAAAAAAGAGAACUUCUGCGUUCUAUGCCGCAAUUUUUACAUAUUUUUAAACGACAACGUAAAAAGGAGUCUUUAAAGAUCUCGGAUGUUAAGGAAACACGUGAUCAUCGAUGCAUCCAUGCCGACACACUGUCCUUUCUCAUGCUGUUGUGAUUAUAGUAAUAUCGCGUCAUUCGAAUGAAUUAUAUUACGUUUAGUUGGUAACACAGUAUCAAAUUAUGGUCACCAUCAUUAUUAUCUUUAUCUCUACAAUUACCAUUACAAUUAUAAUAUCCCGUCAUAUUGAUUAAUCCUGCAAUAGCAUUUUGUUUUUUGGGGUUAUCGAAAGCGGCAAUCUUCGCGAAUGUAAUUCCAAUGAUUUGCAUAAAUUGAUAUUCUGCGAUCUAUAAAUCAGUGUAACAGAUUUUUACCCUUCUUAUUUGGGCAAAACUCGCAUCAUUUCCUUUUUUCCAAUUUAAUUAACUCAAGUUAUUGACUUUCAUUGACAUUCAAAGAGUCAUGUAAGAUAUUCGAUUAUUUCUUGCAAAUCCAAAUGUAACAUCACUAUACAUAAAGCCAAUGUAUAUCUUUUUCGUAGAAAUUGUUUCUUAUAUUUCUGUCAUGUCAUAUAGACCUUUCACUUCAGAAACUGGGAUCUUUUAUGUCCUAUACUAACCUGGAUCUUUUACUGUUAACGAUGUGCCACUGCAGGAUUAAUAUUGUUCUGUUCGAUCGUAGAAUCGUGAAUGUCAAACAGAACGGGAUAUAAAUCAGAAAUUUCUCUCAGCGUGUGAUAGUAAUUUAAAAUACUGUUCUGUUCAACGCAUAUAACGUAAAAACGAUAUUCAAAAUGAAAUGCGUUAAAAGAUGUCAAUCAGAGAUCAUCUUCUCAGUAUUAUUCGGAUAAUCUGCCCUGGGCGCAAGAAGGUAUUCAUGAGAAAAAUUAAAAUGACAAUAUACAGGGUGUCCGAGUCUUUUCCAGGCAAAUUUUAUCAGAAUGUUCUAUAGAUAUAAAUAAGAAAAAGAUAUUAUACAAAUAUAAGUCGUUCGAAGCUUUAUUAAAAUGUAAUAAUAAAGAUGAAAAAUAUAAAAAAACAAUACGUAAAAGUUAGAUCACCAGUAUCGGCUGACUUCACACGUCCAUACUUUCAUGCGUGAAUAACCUUAGAAGAAAAUACUUAUAUUAAACAAUUAUUAAUAUAUGUGAACGAAUACAAAGAUUUAAUUAAUUCACUGAGAUUGACUUCGUAGAUAAUUUUAAAUUGGGAUAGUAACACUUAAUGAUUACAUUAAUUGUGAACUUAUCCUUGUCUUAUAACAUAGUACAUUCAAAUCAGCUUCUUGAUAUUUUUCAAUAAAGCUUCGAGCGACCUAUAUCUACGUAACAUCCUUUUCUUAUGUACACCUAACAAACUAUGACCAGAAGAAAUUAGAAUACCCUGUAUAAACAUGUGUACACUAUAUAAAUUCACGCGAGGAAAAACAACAUGGGAAUUCUGCAGCUUCGCAUGAGAUAUACAGAGCAUUUAUUUUAGCCAAUGGUAAGGCGAUUCACAAUCAACAUAAAUCGUAUUAUUACGGAGCUUUACAUUCGUCGUAACAUCAAAGAAAUAAACAGCAGAAAAGAACAAAAAGAUAAGAGUAAAUUUUAAAUUAUACAAAAUCGGAGUCCUGAAGAAUACCGUGUUUAAAUGCUUCCAAUAAAUUAAACAAAUAAAAAACAAAAGAUAACAUAUAGAGAAUGGAAUAUUAGGACGAAACAAAUACAUAAACGGAAAAGUAUACCUAGUGUGAACGACAGCAAUUUCUAAACCGUGAUCCGAUUGUACUUUUCGAAGAGUGCCCUUGGCGUUUCUCUGCUUUCUUUCUGCUGCAUUAACGUAGAUUGUCGUAGGUCGUAGGUGAUCGAACGCUUUUACUUUUCUCGCUCGCCGCCUUAUCGAACUUCAUCAUCAAUAGCUCCAUGUCUUCGGCCGUAAUACGAAACUUAUGAAAUAUACAUAUUGAGUAUGUAUAAUCACCAAAUUAAUACACACAGAAUUAUAUGUGUCUCUCAGAAACUACGUUGGUCAACUUCAUACAUGAAAAGAUAAAAAAAAGUGGUAGAGAAAUGUAUAUACCUUGCUUAUUUUAUGAUUAUUUAUGUUAUAUUCUUGCAGUGUACGAAUAAAAAAAUAAACUGACGAAUGUAAGUCACUUUUUUUAAUCAAGCUAGAUGCUAAUCACGUUCUCAGAGAAUGCAAUUCUAGAAUUUGAUGAAAAAUGGUGUUGAUCAAUUUGGCUCCUGAGAGCCAAAUAUAUAUGUGUACCGGAAAAAUUUUUGUGAACUCUCUUUGAUCUAUGCGUCGAUCUUUGUACAUACGUACAAACACGACUCGACAUUGUGCAAUUGUGUGUAAAAAUAUUUUCAAGAUUAACACUUGCUCAGAUCGAACUCUCGAGCGAUACUCUCGGAUAUUAAUAGCGGAAUCGAAUGUCCUAUAUUAGAGUUGAAGUUAGAAAGUGGAGUACGACAAUGGCAAUCCUCUUUUUUAGAUACUUCGCAACAUCGCAAGACAAAGUCAAGUGAAAAUAAAUAUACAUACAUGAGAAAACACACAGACACGAUAAAAGAGAACAAAAAAGAUGAAAACUAAUAUUAUCGUUGACAUGGCAGGUAAAUCACAUCUAGACUAUUCUAUAGACUAGAAACGACGUAAGAUAUCGAUAAGACAUCGUGUGUAUGUACCUAUAAUCGUUUGCAACCUGAAGGGACAUCUAUCGAUUGAUGAUUCCUUUCACAUAAGGAAAUCUGUACAUAGGUAAAAGAGAGAAAGUAGAUGGAAUGAGGUAAAGAACACGCCGAGGUACUCAGCUCCAUCCUAAGCAAAAAAUAUUGUACCAUAAUAAUAAUAAUGAUGAUGAUGAUGACGAUGAUAAUGCUUAUGAUGCGGUUGCGCGGAAUGCGAGAAGCUAAUAAGAAGAUAAAAGAGUAAAUGAAACGAGAUUUAAACAAAAAGGAAGAGGAAGAAAAAGCAAAAAAAAAAAAAAAGAAAAAAAGGAGAAAAGAGAAGUGAAAUAAUAACAUUAAAAUAAACAAAAGAAGAAAGGCUAAGAAGCGAUAUUACCUACGAACCCGCUAUUAAUGCGAUUAAUUCAAAUAAAUUAACUACAAUUAAUAGCGAGCGAGAGCAUACCACGCCUACAGUAAACUACAGGUGUAGCAUACACGAUAAUAUUAUUAUCAAGACAGUUCAAUGUAAAUUGUUAUUUUUGUUGAAAUAAAAAUCACCUCCGUUAUAAUAA